UAAUCUCGAUCCGCGCGCCACCUGGCGGAACCAGACGGCAGAUAGCCUCACGCUUUCGUAGUAAGAACGGUCGUCGCAUAUUUAUGCCUUUUGAACAACAAACAAUCGAACGUUUGUUAGUAUCGCAUCGUUGAUCUCCGCCGAAUUUCGCAGCGGACGCGUUGGACAAAAUGCGCGAGAAGAUUACGACUCGUAAUAUCGCGUAAUCAUGAUAUAUCCUGACCGGUGUUCGAGAACCGAAAUAAUGCGAGGUGAACAAGUAUGAAAGAUUAAACAUGUCCCAUGGCUGGAGGCAGGGGCAACAACAGUCAAAGUGGAAAUUUAGACAGAAUACAUCAAUGGCUAUGUUGCCAUCAACUUUAUGCUUCUGUCAAGCCUGAACCUCCUUCCAGUGAAACAUUUAAAAAACAUCAACGUAUAGAAAAGAGCCGAAUUGUUGCAAAAAGUCUUAAUGAUCUGCAAGAUAAUAUUUUGAGCAUAUUUACGGACUCUUUGUAUUGUGAUCUUAACAUAGUACAUGGACAUAAUAUAAUACGAACAAACCAAUGUAUUGUUAAAACAAGAGCUCCACACUUUUACAAGGUUCUCAAGCCUUAUUUUGUAUACAUUAACAAUCAUAUUGAUUGCAUCAUUGAUAAACUGGAAAUUUUUCAUCAUAUAGAAGGCUUUGUGAGGCUUUUAUACAGCAAUUCAAACUUUUCGAAAGAAGAACGAUUAUUGGUAGAACAUAUUUUGCGUACUUAUACCUCAGAUCUUGUGAAUGCACCGUCUGAUAAUAAAGUUUUAGACAUCAACAAAAGAUAUGUGGAUUGCACAACACCAGACUGUCAUUCAAAAAGCAUUGAAAGUAUAAGAAAUGUAAGAGAAUAUGCUACUGUGGAUAUAAGUCCCACUGUAUCCGACAUGGCUGAUUCUGGAUUAGAAACAGGUUCUGUAAGUCCACACGAAAAUACUACGUCUGAAAAUUCGAGUACUGAUUUUGAGGAACUACAAGUCACAGAAUAUGCUUCUGGGAAUGAUGAUUUGGAUAAGAUACGCGCCAAUAGACGCGUGCACAACAAAGAUCAAAAAGUAGUUUCAAAAAAUGAACGCUAUAAUCUGACUAACAAUUAUAACAGCCAUAUAAAAAAUCUGGUAGAAUCAGGAUUAAUGGAAUGUGGUUCAAAUGAUAAUAGUGCAACAAGUUGUUCUUUUGAUGCAGAACAACCACAAUUAGAUUCGUCCAGUUCAUCUACAGAUAAUGCUCAAAAGGCGAAGUCAAAUACAGACGAAAUUUUUCAAUAUGAAAACCAAGUACUUAGCGAUCCAUUUUACGAGUCAGACUGUGGAAGUGAUGAAAAUGAAUCAUUUGAAUUUAUUAAUGUUGGUAAUGCGUCUUCUCCAAAUACCAAUGUAGAACAGAGUUGCGUGAAGGAAGAACCUACGGAAAAAUCGGAAGACGAGAAAAUGUGUCAUUCCAGUUAUUCACAAGCUGAAAAUGUUCCAUCAGAAAAUGCAAAUCACGAAGUAUCACACGAUACACGCAAUCAAAAAAGUUCCUGUAAUACAAGUAAUUAUUACUUUAUUGAUGCAUCAACCCUCAAUGAUGAAAUAGAAGUUCCAACUUCCAAUGUAGUAAAAACUAAAUACAAUGAAAAAUCACAUCCAUAUGUUUCUUAUUCUUCUAAAUAUAUUGCAAGUACAUCUAAUGAUCUCGCCGAUGAGCAAUAUUACAAGUUCACACCUCUUAAGACAACUAAUUUGCAAACUGGACACGAACGGAUAGCAGAGUUUGAAAAAGAGUUGAAACUUACAGAAUAUCUGGAACCACUUACGGACACGCGAAGAAUAAGAAGAACUGAUUCUGUGUCAGAAGACAAAAUUAACGUUGAAACAAACAAAGAAUCUUUAGCCGUAGAAAUUAAGGAGGCGGAUAGUGGUGAAAGCGCGCAUCCUUCUCCUUGUCCUGACAAUAAUAAAAAUAUAAAUAACGAUCGACACGUCGUAACACGAAUAAGUAACGAUAACGAUAACGCAAGUGCGAUAAUAGUGGCUAAAAAAGAAACAAUCGAAGAAACGAACGAUAAGCAAACGACAAAUAAAACGGAUGAUACACGACGACCUUCGCUUAUUAGGAGGAAUACGUUUGAGCUGGACUCGAACGACGAAAAGCUUUCAGUGCUACGGCAGGAAUAUGAACGACGACAAGGUAAUCUCGUAUUCCAGAAUGCUAUUCCUCAAUAUUCAGGACAUCGUGUUGAUGGCGAUUCAUGUUUUAAUCCACCGGACGAACCUUCAAUUCCGAUAAGCAACGUAUUAAAUAAGUUUCCAAUUGAUGUUCAAAUUCCAACUAGUAGUCAGUAUCAUACAAUACCAUAUCUUCCACGAGAUAAUGGAAAAUAUGAAAGUAAUCAGACACCAUCAGAAAAUAAUAAUUCUUUGCAAAGUAAAACUAACAUAAUUUAUCCGGUAACCAAAAGUGCUAGUGAUGAAGUAGUUAUGGAUUAUCAUGCAGAACUGGAUAAUGAUUCAAGCAAUUGUAGUAGCAGUUUACCUGUUACAUUAAGUUGCAUUCUAGAAAAAGAUAGCAGAACAGAUACGAUAAAAAAGACUAAGUGUGACGAAACUAUGCCUAUUAUUUCCGGUGGAGUUAGCACUUCGGACUAUUCUAAGCCUACUGAUAGCCCCACUGUGCGCCGAAAAACAGAAUCGACACCGAUCGUUUCUGGUGGCUCUGUUAUUAUGAACGAACCCGAGGUGAAAAUGAGACCUACGAGAAUGUCUUCGUCUAUGACUGCAUGGGUGGUUGAUAUGAGUGACUGUAACAAAAAUGAAUCCAAACUACCGAAUAAUUCUCAUGCAGGAAUGUCUCAAAGUUUUUCAAAUUCAGAAUGCAUAAAGAAACCGGUAAGGAAGACAAGUGGUCAUGAAAAGCAUGGCAGCUUAGGAUUUUUCGUUAAUUUGAAAGAUAUGGAUCGCAAACCUAUUUUGCAGCAGCAAAGUUAUUCAACAGAUAAGAAAGAACAGAAUGGAUGCAGUAAAUCUUAUUGUGAAUUUUACGUUGAUAUAUCUGGUACAAGUAAUGCACCAAAAAAUAAGAAAAUAGAAGUAGAAGAACCUACUGUCAAACCUGAAAAGUUUAAUGAAAGCGGCGACAAGAAAAACAUUUUUUCUAUGUUCAUUGAUUUAAGCGAUCCACCAAAGAACAAAGAGAAUAUUGUACCACCUUCACAUAGGAGAAGCUUUUCCGCAUUCUCUGACAAACAGAUAGAAACAAAGUUGGAUGAUACUAAUUCUAGCGAAAAUAGUAUCACGACGAGAGAAGAUCAAUCAUCGAGUGAACAAAAAUGUGUCAGAGAAAAAGCGAAACCGAGCGUCUUCAUGUAUAUAGAAUCUGAUUCUCCGGUGGUAAGAAGGAGAACUUUGUCGUCAUCACGGCCGGCGUUUAAACGACAUUCCUGGAAUGUUGAUAAAACGCAAGGCGUUAACAACAAUGGGCAUGUUGCGAAAGAAUUAAUGUUUAGGAAAGAACACAAACGCGCACACAGUCUGUCCGUAGAUCGGGGAGACUUAAAGAAGUUACGAGCAAAGCCUAGUUCUUCGAGUCACUCUUUAAGUGACACAGCAAAACAAGAAUCUGUUACCCAGAAAAAUUCUAAACUUCUUCAAGAAGGUAAUAACGGUCCAAGUAAUAUGGACACAUCUUCAGAAGAUGUUUUUGAGUUUGAUGCGAGAGACACACCUCCGAACUCUCACGUUGAAGUGAUCAACGAAGAACUUCGUGUCAGUGUGAAAGAACACGAGUACACGGAAUUAAAAACAGAAAGAGUCACGGAAAAUCUUAAUGCUACCGAUGCUAAGACAUACGAGGAUGAAUAUUCGGAAACAUCGGCGUGGGAGAAAACAUGUACAGAGAGUACUGAGGGACAAACACGCAAAAGUGAAACAUUUGAUAUUAGUAGCGGUAGUGGUCCAUCCCCUGAUAGUGACAAUCAUGACUAUGAAUUAUCAGAACUAUUGAACGGAGAAGUGCCAAACAUAAAUCGACCACAAGUAGUUCCUGCUGUAGGUAGUAAAAUAUCAGAAACGCAUAAGUCUUUAAAUGAAACUAUCAAAAAGAUUGAAAGCGAAUUGAAAAAUUCAGAUUAUGUAAAGCCAGAGACAGAAUAUGAUAAUCAUAAUAUAACAUCAAAAAAAAAUGAAAGGACUACAGCACACAGUACGAAAACAACAACUUCCAACUUCGUUCGAUUGUCUGAUUUGGAUAAAACACCCGUGGUUUCUCAUUCUACGGACAUGUUGACUGUAAAAGAAGAUAAAAGUACCUAUCGUAUGUGCAACAGUAUUCCAGAAACUUCAUGGAUCGAAAGUAAAUUAGUAAUGUCUAGAACUAACGGAUCCGUUAGACCACUUCCUAGAAAAUUUACUUCAAUCAUGAGUACUUCCCUUCCAUCUAAACAGAAAUCUCCGCUUGAGGACUUAACAGGGGAGUAUGAUGGAGAAGGAAUUAUAUCAGAAUCUGAUCUGAGCAGCAUGCAGAGUAGCAUGGGUCGUUCUGGUGCUGAAGGAAGUACAGAAGAAACUGAAACAUCUAGUUUGGCAGGAAGUAGACCAUACAAUAGAUUGGGAGAAGAUUUAUUAAGAAUGUUCUUAGAAGAAAUAAAUCCAGAUGUUACAAUUGACGUAGCUGGACGUCGUAUAAGAGCUCACAAAUGUAUAUUGAGUUCCCGAUGUCAAUAUUUUGCGGCGAUCCUUAGUGGUGGGUGGAUCGAAAAUGCAGGAAAUGUUAUUUCUCUGCAAGGAUAUUCUUACGAUGCGGUACAUUUUGCAUUGUGUCACAUAUACAGCGGAGAAAGCAACAUACCAGAUUCCAUAAGUAUUGUUGAAUUAGCUACGUUAGCUGAUAUGUUAUGCUUGGAAGGUCUUAAAGAAAUUAUUGGAUAUACGCUUAAAGUUAAAUAUUGCCAUCUAUUUCAUAAGCCUUGUCAAAUAUGUGCUGUUGGUGUAUUGGAAUGUAUGCCUCUGGCAGCAGCUUAUGGCCUCGACGAAGUGUAUCGAAAAUCUCUUCGUUGGGUUACGAGACAUUUCGUACGAAUAUGGCCAUGUAAAGCAUUUGCGACGCUUCCGAAAGAACUUAUGGCAAAAUGUUAUCAUCAACAUAUUGUACAUAUGUCCACGGAUAACGUGCUUCAAACUAUGAUGGAUUGUGAUAAGCUACUCGCAACUUUGCCAAAUGUUCGUUGGGCUGAACCAGUGUUUAGAAUGGUUUCAAACUUGCUGGAAACUUCAGUGAAGUUUCUGUCGGAUAAUUUCUCAGGAGUUCUGGGCAACGAAAACUUCCAAUCUCUUGGUCGAGAGUUAACAUGGAAUAUCAGUCGACUGGAGGAUAAUUUCUUAGCAGCUGCCGAACGUUUACCUCCUGAACAAGCAUGUAAAAGUUAUUCAAAAUUGAAUAAAAUGUUAACUUCAGCACAACAAGAUGAGGUUCAAGACAAAAUUAAGUGGGGACCUUUGUUUGUUGAUUUUUUGAAAAAAAUUCAAAGUCGAGUAGAGAAAUGCUUGGUUAGAGAUGCGGCGCGAGCCGCUAGAACUACUACGUGGUUAAAGAUGGACUUGGAGCUUCGACGCAGAAUUCAAGAAUUAGCUUGUCUUGUAAUUUUACCUCACGAAACAUCAAAACGUCAGUCAAGGCACUCUAACUUUAUAAAAGAAACUAGGCCAGCAUCGAGCCGCUCAACUAUUACUAACAGAAGCUUGGAUUUGAAGCGCGUGAAGAUGGCUAUAUCUGAACAUAAUCAUAAAACUCUAAAACAAAUGGCAGUAGCUCAACAACAGCAACAACAACAACAACAACCGAAGAAAGUUUUUAAUAAACCAAAAAGCGAUCCAUUGGAACGUAAAAUGCAAAAUGAUAAACAAGCCACUACAGAUACAACAAAUAGUAGGCCAAAAUCAUGGCCUAACAAAUUAGAGGUAAAAUCGAGAUAUUUGGAACCUCGGAACAAAUCAGUCCCAAAAGAAACUACGCAACCAGUACAUCAAGAAAAGGUCAUGGUACAGCAACGACGAAAAAUAAUGAUUUCAUCUUCAGAUUCAUCUCGCACAUCUAGUCCGGCAAUGAAACGGGCUACCGACAAAAAACCAUUAGCUAAGAUAAAGUUACCUAUAAAGAAAGAUGUAAAAGCACUUUCUUCUGAUAGUUUAACAGAGUCGAAUGCCAGCAGAACUAAUACGAAAAACGAUUCGAUCAGUAAAAGUUGCGGUAUUACGCGUCCAGAAUCUCCGUCUUUUAAACAAAAAAAUACGGAGAUAGGCUUAUCUGUAGAUUCUUUAGCAGAAUCGAAGAACAAGCCAACAGUUGUAAAGAAGAAGGCUACUAAAAUGGACACUUCGAUGUCCACGGAUAGUCUUAUGACUGAAAUAACAACAACGCCCAAAUCAAACACAUCAAAUAAACUUUCACCGACUUUAGGGAAAACAAUAAAUAAAGCACAAUCUUAUGAUAAAACAGCGAAGAAGAGCUCACCACCGAUGCAGCAAAAAAAUCUGCUUACAGCGACAAGAAGACCACGAAGAUCAUUAGAGAGUUCGACCGCAGCUAGUAGAAGCCGGGCAGCUGCUAUUAGUGCUUAUCAUUUGCGAAGAAAUCUUCUAGACGCUGCAAAAACUCCAGAUAUUCCAAGUAAGUCAUUAAAUAACGUAUCGUGUAAAACGGUAACUAUGCGAUCGAUUACACAAUCGACAGUUAAUCAUCCUAAUAUAAUGAGAGAGAAAAAGGAAGGAGUGACGACUCAACAAAGCUCCGAGAGCCCUAGCAAAAGAUCUUCCCCUAAAUCAUGUGGCACUAGUAAGAUAAAUAAGCCUAUGGUCACUAAUAAAAGGACAACUACUACAAAGACCUCUUCUGAUGAGAAAGUUAAAAAUAAGUGCCAUAAUGGGGAAGUUCCAAAACAACCAACCGUAGGUUCUAGAUCGGGAACGUUUUUAAAAGAUGAGCCCACGAUUCUUAAGAAGGCAGAUAUUAAAUCUUCUCAAAUUAACACUUAAAUUUAUGAAUUGGUUGCUAUGUAAGUUUUUAUACGUACAUAGCGCCCAUAGUUUAAUGAUUAUACAUAUAAAACUAUCGUCUUUAAUCGCAAACGUGAUAACUCCAACCGCGAAAUCGUAUUAUGUGUAAAAAAAAAA